UUCAACAAUGUCAAAAGGGCAUUUCGGAAUAAGUUAUCGUCAAGGAAGUGUACCGACAAAAUCCUCUAUUCACAAAUUGGUGAAGAAAUUAGAGACAAUCGGAAGUGUUUUGACUCGAUAAGCAGGAGGCCGCAAGAUGUGUGAUUUCACGGUGUAGGAUAUGUAUCAGUUUUACAGGGAAUCCUACAAAAAUGGAAAGAAGUUGUUAAGGACUGUUUGGGUUUCCUAGCGAGAGAAUAACCCGGUACCAUAAGGAAGGAGAGAAAACAAAAUGAUCGUGGCCUACUAUCAGUUAAAACCUAUAUCGCCUGAAAGGAGCUAAGAUAAGCUUUAAAAUAUCAGGAAAGCAGGUUGUCUGCCAACGGUAAUUAGAAUCCAAGGACCAUGCACUUUUGGGCGUUUUUAUGUUACGCACUCGUGUACUGGAGCGGCCCCGCAAACGGUUUCGGAGGAGCAGAUGAUCGGUACAUUAAGAAGUACGCCAUGAUGAAGGUGUACGAGAGCUGCUUCGGUUCCGACGUAGUGAAGGAAGUGAGGCAGGAGAUGAAAGCUGCGUGCGCCAAGUGCGCAGGCGUGUCCGCAACAGCGCCCGGCCAGGCCGCCCCUGCCGCAGCGGACGCUGCAGACAAGAGGAAACCUCUGCUAGGCCCUGUUCCACCCACAUUUGACGCUACUAGGCUACAGCAAGCCAUUCUAGGCUUCAGGUCUCCAGUGCAACAGAAUCCUCUCCUGGGCGGAUACGCGCAGCCGAACCCUGCAAUUACGCCCCAGUACAGGCCUGCAGGAUUCUACCCCCAGCAAUUUCCUUUUUACUACCCUGCUGUGCCCGGUGGUUCUCUGUACAGCCCCCAAGCUCUGUCCUACCAGGGCGUCUACCCCGCAGUGCCAAAUCCCUAUUUCCAGUCUCCUUUCUACCCUGGAGCAGUGUCUUACUCAUCCAGCCAGAGAGUUUCGAGAGAUCUCGACAUCAGAGGACAACUGGAAACUCUGACGUCACGCCUCAGCGGCAAGAUAAGGAAUGUGACGUGUGUGAUGCAGGAACUCGGCUACUUGGAUGAGAAUUUGGAGCCCAACUUUGAGAAGAUUUCAGAAAGAAUCAACAGACUACCAGUUGGAGAGGAACUGAAGAAGGACAUGGUUGAAGGCGUCCAGUUCUGCAAACAGUUUGCCCAAUGUGUUCCUGAGACUAGAAAGGAUAGGUUUCAGCUCUCUCGAGAACUAGUGAAACCCAUGUUUUUCUUCAGAUGCUACAAGCAUAAGAAGCUAGAAGCUUGCAUCAUGAAGGACGUGAGGGAGAGGUACACCCCUGGUGAUGACAUGGCUGCCCCCGACGAGGACAACAUUGGGAGCGGAGAACUGAGAUCCCUGUCUUGGGCAAGCAGUAAGCCCGAUUAUGACGACAUGGCUACAGCCGUAUAUGAAUUCCUUUACGGUGGAGAAAAUUCUGAUCUCGAAAACAUCAUGUAAUAACAUCAAAUAUAAUACAUGACAAGUGGCAUUACUAAGAAUAUGGCAAAGGAAAUAACAUUUAUGUUACUGAAGAGAAAAUAUUUUCAGUUAGCAGCUUUAUAAUGAUAUCAGAGUUCUGUAACUUACCAUUAUCCUUGAAACCUCGAGAGUUUCAUAAGAUGGUAACAAAAGGCAUUACGAUGAGGAAUAAUCUUAUUUAUUAUCUCAGAUAUUUUCGUUUCCGUUUAAUUUUUCUGAGCUCAUUUAAGAGCUGCAAAUAAUUAUGUCAGAAUUCUUUUUGAAAGAAGUAAAUAUUUUUUCCAUUAUAUACAAUUAUAUACGUGGCACGUUAUUAUUAUGAUUUAAGCAGACUUAAGCGUUGCCAAAUUAAAAAAUAUAAUUUCAUAAAAUAUAGGAAAAUUGAAUCAUCAUUUGAAAUUAAUUAUGAACAAAUUUUAUAUAAAAAUUGUCAGGAAUCUCGUAGCCUAUUUAGGAUCUCAACAAAAUAAGAAUGUUCAUUUGUUUACAGGCUCAUAGAACAAAAAUCCUUUUUAUUUUCAAUAUAUAAUGAAGGCAAAACUGAAUUCAUUUCCAAAGUUAGCAUCAUUUAGACACAGUGAGCAUGCUGCAACGGUGAUAGGCAUGGUGUUUACUAACAUUUCUUUCCUUACAUACUCCUUUACCGACCGAGAACGGAAGUAUGACCGUUUUCAUACAACCAGUACUGGAAACGUGCAAAUCGGGGAAUCCCCGACUGGAUGGUAUCCUGGUAUAUGGCUGUAUUAGGGAAAGCCUCAUAUCAUACAGUCUGUUGAAGUACGCCUAUUAUAGGGGGCCGAUA